AUGUGGCUGCGGUCCCUUCGAUCUUCGUAUAACUUGUUCAUGAUAUACGGAAUUCUUAUAUUACUGAGAAAGAAUCUCGCAAAAUGUAAUCCCAUUACAAAUUCCAAUUUCAACGAGCACAUCAGGGAAUUUUCUUUGAAAGAGGAUAAUAUUAGUUCCGUUAAUAUAAAAACGCUGCAUAAAGAGGAUCCAAAGCAUUAUGCUGACACUCCAUUUAAUCCCAUACGUUUUAAGGAUGUUCCGGAUAGCAAGUUAUCUGGCUCGAGUCACAGUCGCGGUCUUAUUAACAGAGAACAUCCAGGCUACGUUCCCCAUGAUUAUGAGGAAUAUCCUCAAGUCACUUACGAUUACCACAUACCAGAAGUGGAUCAUCACCAUGGAAACCAUCAUAUCGGUCACCAUAUACACGACUAUCACGGAGGCCAUCACGACGGCCAUUACGACUUUGGAUAUCACUAUAAAAACAAUCACGCUUUGGCGGCGAAAGCCGUACUUUUACCUUUAGCUGGAAUUGCACUUCUUGGAGCAGCAGCCGCUUUAGUAAGCAAUCCAAUUCUUUUGCAACUUGGAGUCGCUACAGGAAAACGAAAGAGAAGAGACACAGAAGAAGUAUUAGAAGCUGAUUUAAGUGAAGAGAAUUGGAGAAUUCCAAAUCAUAAAGAACACAAAUCGACAGACGCUCGUAAUAAGCCCUGUAAGAGGUUCAAAGCAAAGUAUAUAAGAAAGAAUUACAAUUCCAAAUCACGUUUAUUGUCUAAGAUAAAUCCCACGACACACUCUCCUAUAAACAUGAACGCUCUAUUGAAUACUGAAGACGAUGAUAUGAUACCGGUUCCGAUUAAAUUAAAAAGUAACUGA